AUGCACUAUCUUAAGACACAGGUGAAGGGACCCGCUGGAGAUCUAAUCGCUAGUUUACCAAUCACUGGAGAGGCAUUCGCUACGGCCUGGGAUUUAUUAGUUCCUCGCUAUGACAAUCCUAGACUGAUGUUAUCUGCCCAUCUAGACUGUCUUCUUUCACUUGAGAAGAUAGCUCCUCGCUCUGCACGGGCCUUAAAUAACCUCCUGAGUUCAACCACCAAGGCCAUUGAGUCCAUCAAGGGUCUUAACGUCACUACGGAUACCUGGGAUCCGAUUCUUGUGUACCUUACUGUCAGUAAGCUUGACGAUCGUUUGAGAGAAAGCUGGGAGAACCAUCUAGGGUCUUCAACUGAGUUUCCUGCUUUCUCUUUUCUCACGCAGUUUCUGCCGGGACGAGCUCGCGCUAUGGAGACGCUCGAGAUCAACACUCCUGUUUCCACGACAUCUACUGAGUCCACAUCCUCCCGCCAGUCAGUGAAGUCCAUUGCUUCUCGUAGCUCCGCUAGAGUUCAUAUUUCUACCGCUGCAGCCAGGUCAAGUAAGCCGGGGAUGUGUGCCAUCUGUGAGAAGAAGCACUACCUUCUUUUCUGUCCCACUUACCAAAAUGCAGAUGGACCUGAGGGCAAGUUGGAACUGGUAAAACAGUACAACUUGUGUUUCAACUGUUUGGGGCGACACAAAAUUGAGAACUGUGAGACCAAACAAGGGUUCCAUAAUUGGCCUCAUCUCUCUGGACUACAGUUGGCAGAUCCAGAGUAUUUUUUGCCAGGUGAAAUUGAUCUUGUGCUCGGCGCUGUUCCAACUGGGCUGAUUCUUGACGGAGAGAUUCUGAAGGGACCUCCCAACACUCCUGUUGCACAAUCUACCGCUCUUGGUUGGAUUGUUUUUGGGGCUGCUGAUCAUCCAACGAACUCUACAACCGCUAAGGGGGGCUAUGGAUAUCACGCAUCCGCUGAUGAUGAUAUUCAAGAGCUUCUCGCUUCCUUUUGGACCCAAGAGACGAUCCAGUCUUCUUCUACUGUCAUUCUCAGUCCUGAUGAGGCUGAAUGUGAGCAUCACUUCGCUACUACUCACGCCAGAGAUUCUUCAGGACGCUAUGUGGUUCGCCUUCCGCUGAAACAGUCUAUUGAACAACUUGGGGACUCCUCUACAGCUGCGAAAAGAUGUUUACAAAGCAUGCUGCGCCGCUUAUCUUCUAAUGCAACGCUUAGUUCACUCUACUACAACUUUAUGACUAGCAAACCACACUUCUAUCUGCCUCACCAUGGCGUCCUGAAGGAGCAUAGUACGACUACCAAACUCAGGGUAGUAUUCAACGGCUCCUGCAAUACCUCUGCUGGUGCUUCGCUGAACGAUGUACUUCAUCCUGGUCCUAAAAUCCAGAUUGACCUCUCCGACGUUCUUCUCUGGAUCAGACGACACCGCUACGUAUUCGCUACUGAUAUCACCAAGAUGUUUAGACAGAUUAAGGUGCAUCCGCUAGAUUGGGAUUUGCAACGCAUUCUCUGGGUUAAUUCGCAACAACAGGUAGUACCUUAUUAUCUUACGACAGUUACUUAUGGCACCCGUUGCGCACCUUUUCUAGCGGUACGUACGCUUUUACAAUUGGUCCAAGAUGAAGGAAUAAAGUUUCCCCUCGCUGUAGAGCCGCUCACGAAGGGUCGCUACGUAGACGACAUUUAUGGAGGAGCUGAUUCGCCACAAGAAGCCGCUAAAAUCGCUAACCAGCUGAUUGAAAUCUGUACUUCUGGAGGUUUUCCGCUCGCAAAGUGGGCCAGCAACUCUGACGAGCUACUUCAACAAGUCUCUGCAACGGACAGAUCACCUGCAAGUUCAACCAGCUUUGAAGAGACUACCAUCAAGGUGCUGGGAUUAAAUUGGCACCAUUCAGCAGAUAAGUUUAAAUUCUCUUAUCAUUUUUCUACUGAAAAGGCAGUUACAAAGCGAUCUAUUCUCUCUGAAACAGCUCGCCUAUUCGACCCUCUUGGAUUUCUCACUCCUGUGGUUGUACGAGCCAAAAUGAUGAUGCAAGAAUUGUGGCUUGAAAAAGUUACUUGGGAUGAACCGCUCUCUUCUACGCUAGUGCAAACGUGGAAUAUAUUCAGAGAAGACCUCGCUAAUAUCGAGUCAAUCGAAAUACCUCGCUGGUUGGGGUUAUCAGUUGGAGUCACCAUUGAACUUCAUGGUUUCGCUGAUGCUUCGCAACUUGCUAUGGCAGCAGUAGUGUACCUGAAGGUUAUCUCGCCUGACGGAACUCCUACAGUCUCGCUUGUGUGUGCUAAAACUCAAGUUGCACCUCUACAACACACUACAAUUCCACGCUUAGAAUUAAACGCUGCAGUAAUACUCGCUCAAUUAACUCGCUAUGUGAGUAAAACACUUGAGCUUGAAGAAGUUCCUAUCUAUCUGUGGACAGACUCGUCUGUGGCUCUUACAUGGAUUCGAAGCCACCCAUCUCGCUGGAAGGAGUACGUGUGUAAUCGUGUCAUCAAGAUUCAAGAUCUUCAGCCCACCGCUAAAUGGAUGUUCAUCCCUGGGAGGCAGAACCCUGCAGAUUGUGCAUCGAGAGGGCUAACAACAAUAAAAUUGGCUCAACAUUCGCUCUGGUGGAGUGGCCCUCCUUGGUUGUCAUCUGCUCGCGACCAAUGGCCUACUUUCGAUACUCCAACGCAGACUCUCGCUCACAUUGAAGAAAAACCGGGUCUUAUCUUCAACGUUGUAGGAAAAGCAGAUCAACCUUCGCUUUGGGAACUGUUAACUCGCUACUCUUCGCUACCACGACUUCUACGUACCGUAGCGAUCUGCUUACGCUUUGUUGCAUGUGCUAAAAAGGUACCAAACUCUUCGCUGACGACCACACCGCUUUCUACCGCUGACCUGGAAUCAGCUAGACUGCUGAUUAUAAAACUGAUUCAGAGUUACUACUUCACUGAGGCUAUAAAAAUCCUAGUUCAAGGCAAUCAGCUACCAUCUUCACAUUAUCUAUUGAAAUUAACACCGUUCAUCGAUCAUCAAGGUGUUCUACGAGUUGGUGGACGGUUGAACCACUCUCAACUUGAUCCUGAGCAAAAAUAUCCAGCUAUUUUGCCUCGAGAAUCUCCGCUUACUUCGCUACUCAUCACUGAAGCCCAUCAUAAAACUCUUCAUGGUGGUACUCAACUUACUCUUGCUUACCUGAGACGGUCGUACUGGAUAAUUGGUGGUCGAGCGCCAGGAUAG